AUGCCCACCAUUCUUCUGACUAGAACACCACCACAAACUCCACUCUGCAUCAGCCUCUCCGCCGCCGCCUCCUCCCCCAUACCAAAUCUCCAAUUCUCACACUUUAAUUUCAAGCCCAAGAAAUUCCACUUCUUGAAACCACUAUCUUCAUUAAGAGAAAUUAAGAAACAGAAGGCUCCCGAUAAUGCACCCCAGAGCCUGAGGAGGCUAUUGAAUUUCAACCCAAAAGGGGGAAAUGACGAAGGGACUGAUGGUGAAACCAGUGGUGGUGGCGGUGGGGGUGAUGAAGGGAGCGGUACUGCAGUUAAAGGAACCAUCUUGGCUGGUCUUAUGCUUUUGGGUGCGGUUGGAGGAUUUGGUUCUUUGGGUUAUAUUUAUAAGGAUCAAAUCAAUGCUUUCCUGACCCAGUUUUCAGGGUUCAUUGAAGGGUAUGGGCCAGCUGGAUAUGCUCUUUUUGGUGCAGUCUAUGCUGGAUUAGAAAUACUUGCAAUACCAGCCAUCCCAUUGACUAUGUCAGCUGGUCUUCUGUUUGGCUCAGUUACUGGAACUAUCAUUGUCUCUAUCAGUGGGACGGUUGCAGCCAGUGUUGCAUUUCUAGUUGCCAGAUAUUUUGCUCGUGAGCGUAUUCUUAAGCUGGUUGAGGGUAACAAGAAAUUCCUUGCAAUAGACAAAGCUAUUGGGGAAAAUGGUUUCAGAGUUGUUACUCUUCUCCGUUUGAGUCCAUUACUUCCAUUUUCUCUUGGAAAUUAUUUAUAUGGGCUUACGUCUGUCAAAUUCGUACCAUAUGUGUUGGGAAGUUGGUUAGGUAUGCUUCCGGGGUCUUGGGCAUAUCAAGAAGAAUCUGAUAUUGGGUUAUUCGGAGGAAACAGUCAGUUAUUUACCCUUGGAAUCGGACUACUUGUAACUGCUGUGGCCGCAACUUAUGUGACACGCCUAGCUAAGGAUGCCGUGAAAGAUAUCGAAUAG